UCGACAUCAAAGUAACACGUUAGUUCACGCACUAUUUUAUGUUAAAAUGGCUGCUGUGAAAAAAUAUGAAUCCAUAUAAUUUGUACAACUCGAGACUGUGCUUGGUGUGUUCAUGAAAGCUGAGUGACAGACAGCAAAGCACCGGCACGUGCCACGCCCCAAACAAACUCCAUUACAAAUUGGCUCACUGCAAGCGGAGAGCGCAUGCGCGAGGCUCAACGCCCAUCUGUGGAGACCGUAAACAGGAGCGGGAUUUCAGCACGGAGUGGCUCAUCUCGGCCCCACACUGUCUUCGGAGGCGCUCCGCCAUGGCGCAACUAUGGUGCCACAGUAGUGAGCGCGCACUCACCCUGUUCUGAGCAAACAGUGGACUCGGGCUCUGUCAAACUCCAACUCGACCGGCGGGUUCCUUCAGCAGUAUCCGCCGGCGGCAGCAGCAUCCUCGCCGGGGGCUGGGGGCCGGAGGACGGGGACGGAGGACGGGGACGGAGCAGCAGCCCGGCCUCUGGGAUGGAGCAAGAAGCCGCCAGGGAGGAUGCGGACUCACAGCCGACGUACAGGAUCGAACGUCCGGUCUAUAGUGAAGCCCUCAUCCGGUCAAAGCUCCUCAGCCGCAAAGAAAACUCCAUCACCCUCCGAGAGAGGCUGGCCAAUCACUUCAGGUGUUCGUCAGCGAGGGCCAGGGCGGCGGUUCUGAGCUUCCUGCCCAUCCUGACGUGGCUGCCGUCCUACCCCGUCAGGCGUUUCUUGUUCUCAGACGUGGUCUCGGGCCUCAGCACAGGAGUCGUGCAGCUGCCUCAGGGUCUAGCCUAUGCUAUGCUGGCUGCUGUGCCUCCAGUUUAUGGUCUGUACUCCUCGUUCUACCCCGUUCUGCUCUACACCUUCUUCGGCACGUCAAGACACAUUUCAGUAGGAACCUUCGCCGUCAUGAGUCUCAUGAUUGGGGGCGUUGCCGUGAGGGAGGCCCCUGACGAUAUGUUCAACGUCCUGCCUGCCAACGCAUCCAACAUGUCUGCCACCGUGGACACGGAGGCCCGUGACGCCAGGAGGGUUCAGGUGGCCGUGAUGCUGACGACCCUGGUGGGAAUCAUCCAGAUCCUCUUUGGUGUCCUCAGGUUUGGGUUUGUGACCAUCUACCUCACAGAGCCCCUGGUGCGAGGCUUCACGACAGCAGCGUCCCUGCACGUCUUCGUCUCCCAGCUGAAGUACUUGCUGGGGGUGAAGACGCAGCGUUUCUGUGGGGUUCUGUCUAUUGUUUAUAGCUUGAAGGCGGUCCUCUGGAACAUCACCAGCACCAACGUGGCCACUCUCAUCCUGGGCCUCGUCGGCAUCGUCUUCCUGUACUUGGUCAAAUACGUCAAUGAGCGCUUCAAGAAGAAACUGCCCGUGCCCAUUCCUGGAGAGAUCAUCGUCGUCAUGGUGUCAACCGGCGUCUCGUAUGGCCUGUCUCUGUCCGACGACUACAUGGUGGACGUGGUUGGGAAGAUACCAACAGGACUUCUCCCACCUGCUGCCCCGGACUUCUCUCUGUUCCCCCGUCUGAUCACUGACUCCUUCACUGUAGCGAUCGUAGGAUUCUCCAUGGACAUCUCACUCGCCAAGACCUUUGCCCUGAAGCACGGCUACAGUGUGGACGGCAACCAGGAGCUGAUCGCUCUCGGCCUGUGUAACUUCAUCAGCUCCUUCUUCCAAACUUUCGCCAUCUCCUGCUCCAUGUCGAGAACCCUGGUGCAGGAGAGCACGGGAGGGAAAACACAGAUCGCAGGGCUGAUGGCGUCUCUCGUGGUGCUGCUGGUGGUGGUGGCCAUCGGUUUUGUGUUCCAGCCACUCCCUCAGACUGCGCUGGCUGCCAUCAUCAUGGUCAACUUGUUGGGGAUGUUCAAACAGUUCCGAGACAUCCCUAAUCUGUGGAGGACCAGUAAGAUCGAACUGGCCAUCUGGCUGGUAGCCUGUGCGGCGUCGGUGCUGUUGGGCCUGGAUUACGGCCUCCUAGUGGCCGUCUUGUUCGCCAUGCUCACAGUCAUCUACAGAACACAGAGCCCCAAAAGUUCCGUGCUGGGCCACGUUCCCGGCACCGGGCUGUACUAUGAUGUGGACGAGUAUGAGGAGGCGGCUGAAUACGAGGGGAUUAAGAUUUUCCACUCAAACUCUUCAAUCUACUUUGCCAACAGUGACCUUUAUGUAACUUCCCUCAAGGAGAAGACGGGAGUGAACCCUGAACACAUACAAGCGGCUCGCAAAGCCAGAAAAAAACAGGAGGCAAAGGCGAACGACAACCACAGCUCUCCACCGCAGAUCUGUGUCAAGUACGGAAAGCAGGAGGUGACUCGCGAGGUCUCAUCCGAUAACCAUGUGGCGGUGCAGCACAUCAACGGGCCAGUGGGGGACAGCUGCCCCGACGUAGACUCGGAGGUUGUCCACCUCAAAACUCCCAACGCGGUCCACUCCAUUGUCCUGGACUGGACGCCUGUCACCUUCAUCGACUCUGUGGGAGCCAAAGCCAUCAAACAGGUCAGUAAGGAAUACGCAGCGGUCGGCGUCCGGGUGGUGAUAGCCGCCUGCAGCAGAAGCCUAUUGGCUGAGCUGGACACCUUGCAGUUCUUCACCGGGGUCAUGACCCCAGACGUGAUGUUCCCCACAGUCCACGACGCCGUGCUGCACUGUCACCACUCAGGCUCCUGCCCGGUGGCGGUGGCAGCAGUAGCAGCUCCUCCUCCCGUUGAGGAACUGUCCUGAUGGGAAGCGACGCCUGUAGCCGAGAGCAGAGCAGCAGUUCUGACCUGGACAGGCGACGUGGGCAGACCACAACCUCAGCGCCACCAUAGAGACGGACUCAAUUAAUUUAUAUUCAUAUUGUGACAACUUUGAUAAAUUUGUGGCCAUAGGAGUGAGUCUUUUUGUCCAAUCAGACACUCAGGAUUUCGUUUCCUGUUCAUCUUCUGUCCGGUGUAGUUGUGUGGAAGCUUCACUGCUCUGCUGGAGAACGUGAUCUGUUAGUCAGAUGUUUCUAGUUAAUGAGUCGUGUCCUGAGGCUGGAUGUGUGAGUCUUCUGUUUUCUGAUGUAUGUCACUGUUGUGUAUUGAAACCAUGAGUCAGUCUACAGUAUCAGUACAGAACAUGAAUGUAACAGUCUGUCAGUUUUCCUAUAGUUGUGCUGUUACUGUAAAACACAGGAUGCCUUCAACGUAACUAGGUCCUAGUUUGUAACAAAGUAUUGAGACUUAAAUCUGGAAUAAACUUUAUUUUUUAGUGACAAGAAAAGGACAAUA